CAGCUCUACAGCAUUGCGAAAGGCCUCUGGUGGAUCUGGAUGGAUGACUGGGGCCAAGGACAUUCCUGUAGCAGCAUCGCCUGAGUUACCGAAGACCACUCCUCUUUCCAAAUUCGCAUCAGCUCGCAAAACGGUUGUCUGGAGCCCACUGCCAGAACUUCACAAACCCUCUGUUGACUCCUCGCCGUCUCGUCUCACUGUACAGACGCCCAGCCGUUCGAUUCUCAAGACCACCGCCGCCCGGGUCCUCGAUUACUCCACCAACAUUACGGCCUCGCCUACACCCAAUGCUAGCCAAACACCGUUUGUUGUGAUGUUGGAAUCGUUUACCCAAGCAUUGGCUGGCGAGGAUAGGGUUCAGAAGCUCGACGCGUAUCAGACGUUUUCAUACACGCUGCGAGGAUAUGAGAGUAUCCCUGACCUACCAGCAUUGAUCGCCAAGUUGCCGACGUUGGCGAAGUGUAUUCGACGAGAUAUCACAGCACAGGAUGAGAAUGGGAACGUGGACUUUCAACUUACAUCAUAUGCUCUGAAAGCAGUUGCAUUCAUGCUAUGGCAUAGUGAAAUUGCGAACGCAUUUAGCCCGAUAGAUGCCAGCUUUUUCAUUACUAAUUCGUUGAACGUGCUCUCUGGUGACAAAGUUUCGAAACAAACAGCCAACCUUCAUCUCUGGCUGCUGGGUUCACAGAAACUGCCGCCGAACAUCAUCACUCCGGUCAUUGCGGAUCAAAUCAUGACCGCUGCGUUAAACAUCAGGAUUCAGUCUGUGUCAACCGCUCAGGAGCGUCUUGCUGUACUCAGCCGACUUUUGAACCAGAGCCCAUCUGUCGUUUCAGCACGUGCUAAUGACUUCCUGAUCGUGAUCAUCGGUGGUAUGCUUGAUGCGACCAGCAUGGUGAGAGCAAAAGCAUUGAGUUGUGCCAUUGAGGUGGUGAAGACCUUGGGUCGAGACAAGGCUGUAUCCCGUGCGACUGCGUCUUUCAUGAAAAGAGUCGCCCAGGAUGGUCGGAGCAUGCUUGAGAUCGUCAUUCAACGGUGCCAAGAGAUCAUGGCGGAGGAGAAGAACGGCGUGUUUGUAGCGGAAGCUUGGGGAGUCAUCCUGUUGCUUCGCGGAGAUGCCCCGAAAUGGGACAAAAUCAACGACUACCUAAAAGUGAUACAGCCAUGUUUCAACCAUGUGGGCGCUGCUACGAAGAUUGCGGCGCAGUCGGCGUGGGUUAAACUUAUUCAUGCCUUCGGGAUGGACGGGCUUGCCAGCUCUCAGCGUCGUAUUGCCCUCAUAUGUCAGCCCAUCAAGCUCGUUCUAAGCGGAAGGAACGGACCGCAAGUCAAACAGGCGGCAGUCAAUACCACCUGUGCUCUAUUGUAUGCAGCGUUGCGACCUAACGCUGAUGCGGAACAGAUGACUGCUGUAUGGGAUCAAAUCGUCAAUCCUCUCGUUUGCCCGGAAAUGUUGGUACAUGAGCAAACUUGCGCUACGGCAUGCAAGAUUCUUGUGUCGUUGCUUGAUCCAGAACCAACGAAGACCUGGAGGGAGGAUCGUUUGCUUGAGGGUGAGGUGGAUCCUGCGGAACUUCCAAGGUUUGAGCCGAAGUGGAUCCGGAAUAACAGCAGAAAGGUGGCAGAAGUUGUGGAUAAGGUAUUGCAGACUGUCAAGGUUGCUAAGCCAGGCGAUCAGUGGGUACCUGGACCUGUCGAUGGACAGAACAUUGGUGUACUUACCCAAAGUGCUAUGAGUGUCUUCAUCGCGUUUGCCAAAGCAUUGGGUGCAGCUGGCCGUAAAGAAAUUCUGGUAUCGGCUGAGACCAUGGAAUCUGUGGCCACGCUGAUGUGGCUCCUGGAGCGGGUAUGGACUUCUGAUGACUACCAAAGCAGUGUCAUUCCCGAAGGUGAACAGGCCAUCGCGUCCAACACGCGCGUUCAACGAUUUAUCCUUCUUGCCACUGCCUCGGUGCAAUCGUUAGGUACUAAGACAUUCACAGACAAAGUGCUUUCUUUCACUGAAGGUGCUUUUCCCGCCCCGGCGCCCACUCCUUCAAUGCAUCCAGGAGCAACGAACAACGUAGGUGCCGAUUCAGGAUCAAUGACCCGGAGUCCUUUCAAGCAUCUUGUUCUCUUCUUCUUGCGACCUCCGGUGAACAUGCAGCCUAAUGAAGUUUCUGCCGCUGCUCUGAGGGUUUUGCUGGAUAUCAUCAGCACCGCCCAAGGUAGCCCGCGCAAAGCGCUCACAUUGUUGGGCAGCUUGCUCGACCUGUUCGACAUGUCAAGGGACAGAAGGGAAGCCGAGUGCUACGCUUGGAUCGCUAUAACAUCUGCCAUGGAUAUCAUCUUGAGUCGGGAGGAACCAGUAAAAGGCACGAUGAGUCCGUCUGCACGGGUGCUCGACGACUCUCAGAAUGGAGUCGAGUAUCAGUCUGUCAUGAGAGUUCUAGAGUGGGCUGUCCAUUAUGGUGAACCCGUUUGUGUGGAUACGUGGAGCCGCUUGUGCGUCGUCUUCAGAGACCAGCUUACGAAGGAACAUAACGAAAUGGCUGCUGCCGCGGCCAUAACCGUUCCACUUACGGAUGCUCUGUUGCAUGAUUCAAAACUUCCAAACGAGACGUUGCUUGAGUAUGCUGAGGUUAUGCUCGUGCACGCCCGCUUCAUCACUCCCACAGCGGCGAGCAUGGAUGUGUCAGGAACCGGUCUUCUAAAGGCAUUGAUCAAGAAGAACGCCCCGAAAGUCCAAGAAUCGCUGGUGAACCUGGCGGCGGGUGUACUUAGUCGUCAUUCCAGUUUCGCAGACAAGGUCCCUUCGGAUACACUCCUUAAGAGAACAGCGGCGUUCGUGCACGCUUUCCCACGCGAACACGCCAUUGCGUUUCUGGAAGCUCUCCAACCCGGCAUCGAACAUUGGGUUAAUGGUGCCGCCAAAGACAAUAUGGACUUGCUGAACAUGUUGUGGGGUGCUGUAAUGGAAGCGAUUUCGUCUGCUCCUGCCCACGAUUCUCAAACACUUUCCAGGGUUUCACGUUUCUUCCAGAUGGGAUUCAGGUCUGCAAACCCUUUGAUUAAGAAGGUGGCCCUUGAAACCUGGGUGAAGACGUACGAUGGGCAAGAAGGAUUGCAGUAUCCCGAAGAUCUAGUACAAACUUUCAAAGAAGUGCUGGAGAACAGUAGCCUUCAGGCUCCGCACGAUCCUUCAUCUACCGCCGAUAACGCGGCGAAGGAACAAAUCGAAGAGGUUGUCAAAGAAGGCAACGCUGAAGAGAUUGAGGAAGUUGUUGUGAAGCGAGUGGUUGUAGAACACGUUGUGGAGUCACAAGACGAAGCAAUGGUUGACGCACCGCCGGUGGAGGACACCCUAACAACUACCAGCAAUGAAUUGGAGCAGGGCGUACAACCUUCUGUCCUCCAAUUACUGCAGCAGAUUGACAGUUCGCCUGCACAACCAUCAUCCGCCUCGAAGAGCGCUCUGAAGCGUAAGAGAAAGAGGAUGGCCGCCUUGGCAGCUGUGCAAGAAAAGCAGAGUGGCAACGAUUCCGUUGACGACUCGGCUACUGAGCAACCAAGGGUCGUACCCGUUCUGAAACCUCGAUUGGACGCUGAACCUAUGAGCGAUGAUUUCUCGGAGCAGAACUCACCGUCAAGGCUUCGAAGCAAGCGUAGGAGGACCACCGACCUUCGCAAGCAAGCAGCUUCUUCGGCGCCGCAAACUUCAGGCAGCGUAAGCCGUGCAUCUGUCGACGGCGAUGGUAGUAAGACAGAUAGAAUACCCGUGGAUCCUGCAGUGCCUGGGACCGAGAUCGCCGAGCGUGUGCCAGAAGAUGACACUGUGGCAGACAGUAUUCUGGAACAAUUCCAAGCCACAAUCACAAAUAUGGAGGAAAAUGUACAACAUUUGGAUCAAGAGGGCAUCUACAAACUUGAGGGCAUGCUGGUCAGCCUCCAACAAAAGCUCUGGCAACGAAGACGAGAUUUCAUAGGAUGAAGAGUCGACAGCGAAAGAGGAUGAGAUACCCCGUAUACGUACGGCAUCCCGGCGUUUGAUAUUUGGUUUCUUUUGUGCAUUCUGCAUGGACAAUCAUAGUCAUUUAGGAGGUAUUAUAUCGAGUUAUUAUUUUGUGUGAUUUCAUCGCAUAUCGUAGUAUCGUACACCGCGUCUCCUCGUCAGUGAACGACAUCUUGC